UGCACAUCUUCCGCAGCGGACUCGUCGUAGGAGCCUGCUUAACGAUGUUCAUCAACGGCUGGCUCUUCGUCACCCAAGUCUACUACAUCCCGUCAUUCUUCCAGCUAGCGUACGGCAUGUCGGCCGUCAAAUCAGGCGCCCUCCUCCUCCCCAUCACCCUAACGCAAACCAUCUCAAGCACAUCAUCCGGCCUGAUCGUGCACUGGACCGGCCGUUACCGCGAGAGCAUCAUCGUCGGCUGGGUCGCAUGGGCAGUCGGUCUCGGAUGCUACUCGACGCUGGACACGCAGCACUUCGACCUGGGAAAAGCGAUCGGCUACGGCCUGCUAACAGGUUUUGGUGUGGGUCAGACUCUGCAGCCGUCGUUGAUAGCGAUACAAGCGGGCGUUGCGAGGCAGGACAUGGCAGUUGUGACUUGCACGAGGAACUUCGUGCGGAAUCUGGGCUCGACGCUGGGCCUUGCCAUUUCGGCUACUUUGGUCAAUUCUGCGCUGCGUUCUUCUUUGGCUGGCACUGGCAUUUCUGGGACGGAGUUUCUCGUUAA